AUGAUUGACCUCACUUGGCUGAGAUCUCCCAUUGCCGCGCUCCUGAACACGGGGAUAACCGCUUCUCUAACGAUAAAGACGAUCCUGAUCGGCAACCAGAAGAUCAAGCUCGAUCAAGUACAGCGGAACCGAGACAUCCUUGUGCCCGCGUUGAGGGAGAAAAUCAAGCAGCUCAGGGGUGUGUUCGAGGACAGACUCAAAGAACUGAAGGACAGACUCAAAGAACUGAAGGACAGACUCAAAGAACUGAAGGACAGACUCAAAGAACUGAAGGACAGACUCAAAGAACUGAAGAAAGUCAAGACAUACGACGAGCAGCUGUCCUCGCUGGACUUAGACCUCCCCGUCCGCCUCAGCGCGGCGAGUGCCCUGGCUAAACGCAAGGAGCGCGAAAGGGCCGUUUUGUGGGACCAGCGAGAGGCCGAGCUGGUGUUUUUGGGGCAGAGCGAGCGGCUCGGCGGCGACGUGGCCACUCCGCCCGAGGAAGCCGCGGCUGAGCCGCGGAAGAUGGCGGCGCAGAAGGCCGAAGGCAGACAUGCCGCUUCUUGA